AUGCCUAAGAGCCGGGCGAAAUCUUGCGCCCAGUGCCGCGCCGCAAAAACCCGCUGCUCCUUGUCAAUCCCAUACUCACGAUGCGCAAAUCGAAGUCUCGAUUGCCAGUAUCUGCCUACGCAAAGGGGUGCCGAGCCUCGAAGCGUUCGGAGUCUUACUCUGAGGCCUUUACUCUCUCGUACAUUUGGCGCUCCGAAUUUCCCGCAUGGCGGAGGGAUUGAUGAGCCAAUAUUGAAUCAUCAGCUUACUUCACUUGCUGAUCCUAUUGUGGCAGGCACAGAGGAGAGGCUGGCGAAGAAGUCCGCCGGUCCUGGCUCAAGUUUGGAUGUGGAUCCUUCUAUUGCUGAGAUGGCUCAGUUGUUGGGGACAGAUCCCAGGAUAACGGACUUGUCAAUGAUUCCGAGCUCUACACCACCCCUUUACGCCUCACCUGAAACGUCCCUACCACUGUUUUCCAGCCCCUCUGGAUCAGCGGACUCUGAUACAAGUGGCUUUAUAUCCGGCAUAGACUUGAGGUCAACUCUUGCUGCUGCAUCUGAGACGCCAACCUUGUCCUAUCCAGCCAUGUUGACGAUGCAGAACUCGCUAAUCUCGGAGCCGCCCCUAAGCGAUGCUGACAUUUCCAACUUCUUAUCGACACUAUACUCCCCGGACUUCGCUUUUACGCCUUUAAGGUUUAACUCUGAUCGGCCUAACUUGCCAUUCCUACCGAACCCCAGCCAUAUAGGUCUCGGGCUUCCCAUAAGUCCAGAAAUGGCCAAGUCUGGACUCAGCUCAAACCUCUCAGUGCGUGUGAGAUCGUUUCAACAAGGUUCUCUAACGAGCAAAAUGCUGUUGAGCCAGGUAGUCGACUAUUCGCGCUUGUUCUCGGAAGGUAAACAUAUGCCACCUUUCAUUUACCCCCCAUGCCGGCUCAGUCCAGGGAUGGAGUGCCUUUCAGGCAAACAUCACACCUGCCUACCUCCAAUAUUAGCCAUUUGUACCCAUCUAAGUCGCAUGUUCUACUCCCGAACUCCAGGAAGCACACAAUUCGUCGUACAACAAAUAUACGUACACUUACGCCAACUACACGCUGAGGUAAGGCCAACCUUUCUUGUGCCAGAGUGCAGUAAAUGCGAUAUUGAACCAUGCCAGUACGAAAAAUACGAUCAAGAGAAAAUGUUGCAGUCUUUACAAGCAGCAGUAAUUUAUGGCCUGCUUUGUUCUCAAUGCCCAGACAUCGUAUCGGAUGCCGAUGCAGCUUGGCUAGUAUCAAUCACUGAGAAGUUCUCUCGGACGUUAUAUGGUCAAAACUAUUCGCUUCUUAGUGUAGAUUAUAUCUGCUCAUCACGUAGUGGCUGGGCAUUUAUGGAGAGCAUGAGACGGCAAAGCAGACUCGGUUGCCUUUUGUAUUUGAUCGAUUUACUAUUCCAUGUCGACGCCCGAACUCCCUCAAGAGGGGAUUGUCCUGAAUUUGUUGACUUGCCGCUGCCUUCAGCCCGCGGACUGUGGCAACCGAUGUGCCAUGAAGAUUGGAAAAGGCGAUAUGAAGAGGACAAUUAUUCAAGGAAGCUAAAAGGGACACGGCAAUUAACUAUGGGAGAUCUUUUUAGGUUGAAGAAGUCUGGAAUCAAUAGUGAUCAAGUGUUUCAGUCAACAAAGGAUAGUGUCACGGAAGAGAUCAGCGAAUGGGUGAAGGACGUGGACGACUUUUCCAUGCUUUUGUGGCUGGCCUUUACACUAGAAGGAGGCGGGCAAGCAAUAAUAGACAAGAAAGCGUAG